GGCUUGAAGAGAUUCAUGGCCUUUGUUGGUGGUCUGUGUUUAUGACGGAGCAUCUUCUAGGAGGGGAGCAACAAAAUGGUUGGGAAAGCACGCUCCACCAACUUCACAGAGGCAGAAAAGAUUGACCUUCUGCGACUGGUGAGGCCCCACGUGCGGGUGAUCGAGGAGCACAAGCACAAGCACUCAGCCAUCGUGGAGAAGAACCGCUGCUGGGAAGCCGUGGCGGAGUACUACAAUGCCCUGGAAGGGGAGCGCCCUCCUCGCACCGCACAAGGCCUCCGCACGCUCUACAAGCGGCUCAAGGAGAACGCCAAGCAGGAGCUGGUGCAGCGGCAGCGGGCCCAGCCUGAGUACCGGCAGCAGCUCUCUGAGCCAACCAGGAGGCUUCUUCUCAUGGUACCAGCCUUCUUCCAGAACCUCCAGAACAAGGAGAAUAGCUGUUUCCACAGAUUUCCUUCUAGCCAGUCAUCUUACAGAGAGGAGCCUGGGUAUCUCAGUUCCCAGCCCACAAGCUCGGAGACCCGACUGCCCUCCCUUCUUGCAGCCCCUAACACAGAGGUACUUUCAAAUGAAGAUGCAAAACCUCUGGGACCACAUCUGACUGACAGCAUGGAGAUUGGGAAUGAAGAUCCUGAUAAUGCUGUGGACAGCUCUGCUUCGUCUUGUCCAUCUUCUGUUAAUAUGAUGGUUGUGCUGUCGUCUUCAUCUACUUCCCUCUCCCCUCAAACAAACACAUUAUCGAGGCCCCCAACGGGAGAAAGCCUGAGCCAGGCAGCCACAAUGCACCAGCUGGAAGCACUGCAGCUGUCAAAAAAGGAGCAGGAGCUGAGCAUUGAGAACCACAGGAAGCUGGGCCUGUACAUCGAACUGAAACGGGAAGGGCUCAAGAGAAAACAGCAGCUGGAGGAAGAGCUGCUCAGGGCCAAAAUCAAAGUGGAGAAACUCCGAGCAUCCAGGCUCAAGCAUGGCCUACCAGAGUUCAACAGCAUGUAAACCCAACCCAGCUGUUUAUUUAGCCUGUAUCUACUGUAUUCACCUUUUCAAUGAACGCCAAUCAGCCUUCUGAUUCUUGCACAGGUCUGUAUUGUGUGCAGCAGGCCUGUAUAUGUUUUGCCAGAUGUGGGCCACACUGUAUUUUAUCUGUUACUAAGACAGCCCAGCACUAUCAAAUCUCAGUUGGUGGCUACUUCUUUUCAUGACUGACUAAAUUAUAAGAAGGUUAUUACACAUGUUGUUGCUGGUUUCAGAGUUCUUCAAUAGUUUACUUUAUCCUUCCCUGCCAAAAACUGUUUCUUUGUUAACAGACCCAAACGUUGUGUUUCACAAUUGCAAAAACA